AUCAGUCGCCUGAUAACGAACGAUCUUAUCUCAACUACUUCCUACUCUUAACCAAUUCCGCAAAAAUGAAGCCUGCCGUCGCUAUUUUCGCCAUUUUUCUUAUCUUCGCCACCACGUGCCACGCCUCGUACGCGCCAUACGUUCGCCCCGGUCACACGUGGGGUGGGUGGUCCGUCGCCACGCCGGUACAGCAACAGCCUCAACCAGUUGCAUGCUUCUACCAAAAUCGCUACUGUCAAGGAUCCCGCUACACCGUUCCGAUCGGUCGUGGCGAGUGUCAAACCCUUCCCAGAGAACUUUGCGACUGGAACUUGUCCCUGGAAACGGGCAAUUCCUGCAUCCAAGUCUUUUCCAGUGACAACUGUUCGGAAACGUCGACCUUUCGAAAGUGGGGGCUCGCCUCGUCCGCCAUUUUCCGAGCGAAUCAGUGCACCUCCACCAAACUCAAUGGCUUCGAUGUCGUCCGAUCUUUCAGGAGGUGUGCCUGCUAAAAAUGAAAUACAAAAUUUUAAACUUUAUUUAUCCUCAGUUUAUAUUUAUUAGAAAUAAAACAAAACAAUUUUUAGGAAACUUUA